AAGUGCGAUCUAGAGCGGGCGGGGAAAGGGGCAGCUGGUUCCUUUAGGGAUUAGGUCCUGUGAGGCUGGCCUCAGAAGUGAGUCCGUCUCCUCUCGCUCUUCGCUGAGUCUUUCAGGCCCUUGGACUGAGGAAACGUCUACACCGUGAUGGGAGGCGGAGACCUGAACCUAAAGAAGAGCUGGCACCCGCAGACCCUUCGAAAUGUGGAGAAAGUGUGGAAGGCAGAGCAGAAACAUGAGGCUGAGCGGAAAAAGAUUGAGGAGCUGCAGCGAGAGCUCCGAGAGGAGAGAGCUCGGGAAGAGAUGCAGCGCUAUGCUGAGGAUGUCGGGGCUGUCAAGAAAAAAGAAGAAAAGUUGGAUUGGAUGUACCAGGGUCCUGGUGGGAUGGUGAACCGGGAUGAGUACCUGCUGGGGCGCCCCAUUGACAAGUAUGUUUUUGAGAAGAUGGAGGAAAAGGAAGCAGGCUGUUCUUCUGAGACAGGACUCCUCCCAGGCUCUAUCUUUGCCCCAUCAGGUGCCAAUUCCCUUCUUGACAUGGCCAGCAAAAUCCGGGAAGACCCUCUCUUCAUUAUCAGGAAGAAAGAGGAGGAGAAAAAAAGAGAGGUACUGAACAAUCCUGUGAAAAUGAAGAAAAUCAAAGAGUUGUUGCAAAUGAGUCUAGAAAAAAAGGAGAAGAAGAAAAAGAAGGAGAAGAAAAAGAAGCACAAGAAACACAAACACAGAAGCUCCAGUAGUGAUGGUUCCAGCAGCGAGGAGGAGCACAGUCAGGGCAGGUCUCAAAAGAAGAUGGCAAAUUCCUUUCCUGUUUUGUCCAAAGUCCCUGGAUAUGGUUUACAGGUGAGGGACUCUGACCGUAACCAGGGCCUGCAGGGUUCUCUGAUGGCCGAACAAAGGGGUGUGAAGAACCAUUCCCGCUCAAGAAGCUCCUCCCACUCACCCCCCAGACAUGUCAGCAAGAAGAGCUCCAAGGAAGAGAGGUCCCGGGACAGGAGGUCUCGAUCCCCAGGAAGACGGUCACGGUCCCCAAGGCCCAGCAAACCGCAUGCCUCCAAGGUAAACAGGAAAGAGAGAGAUAGCCCAUCACCUAAAAAGGAGGUCUAUCAGAGGCGGCAUUCGUCUGGAUACACCAGAAAGCUAUCAGCAGAGGAGCUAGAGCGGAAACGGCAGGAGAUGAUGGAAAACGCCAAGUGGAGGGAGGAGGAGAGGCUCAACACCCUCAAGAGGCACGCCAAGGAAGAUGAGCGGGAGCGCAGGCUGGAGAAGUUGGAUUCCCGCUCCGGCAAGUUCAUCCAUCGAAUGAAGCUGGAGAGUGCGUCUACGUCCUCCCUGGAGGACCGGGUAAAGCGCAACAUCCACUCUCUGCAACGGACCUCAGUGGCUCUGGAGAAGAACUUUAUGAAAAGAUGAAAAGAAUCUCUUCCUGCUCUCCCUGAGUGCUCCAGGGAGGCUGCUGACUCCUUAGAAUUCUCUUUAUAAGAGUUCGAAUGGCUUCUUCUACAGAUGAAAUAUCACCACUGUUCAAAGUGCCCCUUGUCCAUUGACUCCUGAAACAUGGUACAUUCUUUAAAAACCAAUGUGACUUGAUUUGGGACCCUCAGGAACUUUGGCUGGAUGCACUGUGGGAUCUGACUGUGUUUUAAUGGAUGGGCACUAGGCUGUCCUGGAAGGCUUGGUAGCUUGCCACACCUUUUCCCUCUCACCUGAAUGAAUGGAUCAUACCUUCCGGAGAUCUCUCCCACAGCCACUCAGACAGACUCUGCUUACUGGGACAAAUGAACAUUGACUUUAUAAAGUAGACUUUGUGACAGAAUAGCCAAGUGUCAGGAAGAGUCAAGAGAGUGACAAAAAACUGGAAGAUAAAACAGUACCAAAAAAAGUCCUAAAUGAACUGUUAACUAUUUAGUCUUUGAGAUGUAAUAGUAGGAUGUGUAUAUGUACAAAUGUAUAAUUUUAUAUAUACUUUUAAAAAGCUAGAUUUGUGAGAACAUUUUGUUUGAUGAUUUUACUAUGUGUGAAGCCACACCAAACCUUGUCAGGAAUCAAUAUGGUAAGGGUCGUGGCUGGCUUUUCUCCCCAAAUUUGGUUUGGGAGGAGCUUUGGGUUACUGACAAAAUCUAGCUGGGGUAAUCCUUCAAAUAACCUUUUGAUAUUUGGUCGUGACUUUAGUCCUCUCCAGAUGUGUUAGGUUGCAUUCAUAGCUACUUACUGGCUUCAGAAAGGACACACCUGCCAAUAUGUGUUCCCUGUUAUUCCUUAGAGUCUCAUAUUGGGCAGCCCAGUGGUACAGGAAACAGGACCAUGUUGCUAGUAUGCCUGUGGCCUAUAAGAAAAUGAUGUGGAAGCUAUUUAUUUCCUGGAUGUUUUUGUUGUUUGUUUGUUUGUUUUGGUUUUUUGAGGCAGGGUCUCUUGUAGCUCUGGCUGGCUUUGAACUUCAGAUCCAGCAUUUACCUCCCAAGUGCAGGGAUUCUAGCACUGCACACAGCUGGCUGCUGCUGCCACCGCUGCUUCACUGUUUGUCUUUUGAGACAGGGCCCUUACUGGCUCAGGCUGGCCUCCUGAGUGCUGGGAUUACUGGCAUGAACCACAGUCUUAACUUCCUAGCUUCUCUUUUAUCAUGUAAUUUAACUAAAAGAGAAAAUUUGGGGACUUUUUUGUUUUUUUGUUUGGUUUUUUUCAAGGCAGGGUUUCUUUGUGUAGCUUUGGAGCCUUUCCUGGAAUUUGAUUUGUAGACCAGGCUGGCCUCAAACUAACAGAGAUUCAUGUGCCUCUGGCUCCUGAGUGCUAGGACUAAAGACACAAACAACCACCACCACCACCCCCCUCACCGAGUGCUGGGAUUAAAGGCAGCGCCACAAAUCCCGGCUACUCAUGUGUCUUUACUACCAUUCCUUUUUCUAUUCUUUUAUCAGAAACCCUCGUUUGGCCAGGAAACCUCUAGGUUCCCUCUUUAAAAAAAAAAAAAAACAAAUAAAUUAAAAACAGAUUUAUCCUAGCCCAGGUUGACCUGAGCUAUAGAUCCUCCUGUCCCAACUUCCGGAGCUGUGAUUACAGACCUUGUGGCCCUCAGAGGCCCCUCUUUAACCCACACAUUAGUUAAGCCGUUUCCUUCUUCUAUCGGUCCCUGUCCCUAAUUCAGCCUAAAACGUACUUGGAUUUUUUAAGCACUAAAAUGCUAGGUACUGUAAUUCUUAAAACCCAGUUUCCCCCCAGAGUAUGUAACAUUAUUCAUUUAAUCACUUCAUCCGGCUGCCCUGUGCUAUGGGUAAUUAUGGCUUUUAUUUUAUUACUUGGUAAUAAUAAAGGCUACAUUUAUUUUUGUAA